GGCUCCGCCCCGGACGCGGCAGCGCCCACGCCGGGACGGCCCCUCCGCCCAUCCGGGGCUGCCGCGGCGGGAACUACCGCUCCCAGGGAGCCGCGGGGCGGCAGGUCGGGCCGGGCCGGGCCGGGCCGGGUCGUGGCGGGAGCGGGCCGUAGCAUGGCGAGCCCGGCGCUGACCUUCACGCUGGCCUACGUGGUGUUCGCCGUCUGCUUCGUAUUCACGCCCGACGAAAUGCGCUCGGCGGGGCUGACGGUGCAGAGCCUGCUGGCCGCCUGGCUGGGCAGUGAGGACGUGGCCUUCGUACAGUACCACCUGCGGCGCAGCACCGGCACGCUGCUGGUUCACUCCCUCCUGCCCCUGGGUUAUUACCUUGGUAUGUGCUUUGCUGCUCCGGAAAAACAUCUUUGCUCUUUCUACCUGGCUUCAAAAGGAUGGAAGACUUUCUUUUUCUUCGCUGUUUUCUUUCCAGCAGUCACCGGUACCCUGGCAUAUUACUGGUCACGGAAAGGUUGGAAUAAUCAUCCGUUAGCCCGAACACUCGCUGUUCAUGCUCUCCCGCAGUCAGGUUGGAGGGCAGUAGCUUCUUCCAUCAAUACAGAAUUUAGGAGAAUCGACAAAUUUGCUACCGGAGCCCCAGGAGCCAGGGUGAUUGUUACGGACUCAUGGGUGAUUAAAGUGACCGCCUACUGUUUACAUGUUGCCCAGCAGCAGGACGUUCACUUGACAGUGACAGACUCCAGACAGCAUGAACUCACCCCAGACUCAAACAUGCCUGUGCAGUUCCUCACCAUCCGUGUUUCCAGUAUUAACCCCUACGUGAAAGCAUUUGAUAUCCGGUUGAACUCCACAGAGUAUGGGGAGCUCCGAGAAAAGCUCCGUGCUCCCAUCAUCAAUGCAGCUAAUGUUGUGAUCCAUCAAAGCCUUAGUGAUUUAUUUCUAGAAACAUUUACAUCUCUGGUGGAAAGUAACCAGCCGUAUCCUGUUCCAAGCACUCAGGAGCUGGAGCCGUGCAUAGGGUGUAUGCAGACUACUGCUAACAUCAAGCUCAUCAAGAACUGCCAGGAGCCAAAUGAAGGGGAAUGCCAGCAAUGCUACUGUCGGCCCAUGUGGUGCCUCACCUGCAUGGGCAAGUGGUUUGCCAGCCGACAGGACGAGCAGCACCCAGAGACCUGGCUGUCGAGCCGAGUGCCUUGUCCGACUUGCCGAGCCAAGUUUUGCAUUUUAGAUGUUUGCAUAAUACGAUGAAUAAUACUUGGGUAUGUUUUAACUUUUUUCAAUUUGACUGUAUUUCAUAGUGGGUUUGAUUAAAAGGCCUCUUAGGUUUGUUUCUGAGAUUUCACAUUCUAUAGGGGUGCAGACUCCAACGUUUUCUUUGACAGUGUGGAGAACAGAUGUUACACCAUGCAAACACCAUCCACGCUUUCAGCUGAUGAUACAAGAAUCCAGGACGCAGUUGGCACCAAGCCAAUUGGCACCGGCGUUCCAGAUCCCGGGAUGGCACCUGAGAUGCCUGUUGUGCCCCUCGAGCGCAACAAGACCCCAGGAUCGUCUGAUAGGCGCAAGGCAGGCUUCCCAAACUACAUCACAACGCAGACACAGGCUGGAGCUGCCCUGCCCGGCACACGCUGGCAUCGCACUGUAAAGGUCCCCGGGCCCUUCACCCGCCCAAAGGGGACUGUUCCUGGAUGGCCCUUUCCCUUAUCAGAACUAAACACCCCUUUCCCUGCGAUUCCCAGCCCCUUCCCAGCCCUCGUGCCUCCACUUAGCUUUCAGAGGGACAAGGGACCGAACCCAUCUUCAACAGAGGAAAACGCCACGUGCGCGAACGGCUGUCUUCCUGCAUCGCCAGGUUCCUCUUCAAUGUCUACAGGAACACGAGAAAACACACGCUCGCUAAGCCGUGCCAGCACACGGCGUCGUGGGGUCAACGCUGACUGCUUCCACGACACCCACCUCCUCUUAAGUUACACGGCGUUCCAUUCGGCGUGUCGUGCCGCGGGCGCAGUCACAAACCCUCACUGCUCGUGACGCCUAAGACGGCGAGAAGCAAAACAACUGUAGUGCUUGGAACGAGUCCCUGGCCCCACUCUCCUCCUCACCCCUAGCCCAGCUCACCGCAAAUGCUCCUCCCAGUCCAAAGGGCCCACAAAGAGCCUGCAAAGCGAGAAGGAAAUGCUGAACCGAGCCACCGGGCAAUACCGGGCUCUUCAAGACCCACCGCCGCCUCACCUUCUCAGCUGCCGGCCGGCAUGUGGCUUCGCCCCUCCCAGCUCGUCUGCGGCACCUGCAAAAACAAAGGCACCUGUGCCACAAUUGAGAGACGGGACGCAGUUUGAUGCAAACAAAAUGUCCGCUUUAUUAGUGUACUUCACAUACAUUUAUACUUUUCCUCAGCAACGUGCUUCGAGCUGAUUGGUGUUUCUGUUACCGUGUUACAGACUGAUCGGUCUAAGACAUUUUCUUAAACAGUUACUACCCCAACCCAAGCAAUCUUCCCUGUGCAAAACAAGAGUCCCCUUUUUACAGGACAACCUUAUUAACUUGUGAGUCUUGUCUAACCAUAGAAUCAGCACUCUCCACUCCUUCUAAUUAAGGUUCUCGCCUCUAUCCUUCCCAUGGCCUGUGACCAACAAGUUCCAGCACAUUUCCUUUUACCAGUUGAUAAGUGCUGGGAGAUUUGCUGAGGCCAGCCAAAUCCUGUCCCACAUCUCCCCCUUCCUUUUGCACAAUAAGAACUCUCCUUAUAGAACGCACAAUCAACUUUUGUAGGCAUUGCAACAAACAAGGCAAAAAGAGUAACAGGAGAAUAAAAACAACCAAAACAUAUACAACCAUCUUCACAAGACUCCUUAACCAUCCUGACAAUCCCCAUCCUUCAAAAAGUUUAUCUAACCAAUCCCAACUAUCAUUUCGUUGAAGCUUAGAGACCCCAGCUUUAAGCUGUGGAAUACUAGCAUGAGUUGAUUCCAAGUGAUCAGAGAGAUUCAUACAACACGUUCCCUCAAAAUCCUCACAACCGUGGCCUUGCACUAAAAGCAAAAAAUCUAUAGCAGCUCUAUUUUUGCAAUGUAGCAUGACGAACACUAUCUACAUCUAAUAAAAGACCAGACAAUGCA